UUGAAAAGUCUCGAACGCGGCAGAGCUACGACCAUAAUUAUUUUCCGUUAUCCGAGCCCGAGGAAUAGCCACCGUAGAAUGCACCAACCUGGUCAUAGACCAUUGCCCAGUGCCAGGCUGAGGGGGCGAGAUCCCGCCCGAUGUAGGACCCGAAAGUCUUCAGUUUCCCCAGCCAGAGGAGCCUAUCACCUGCCCGCCCUUCUACUUGUCCUUCUCAUCAUUAUCCAGUGCUUUGAACCUCAUAUGUGUCGGGAAUUGAUGAGGCAUCCAAGCGACAAGCAUUCCAAGGACCAGCCAAUGUCGACUACUGUCGGUGGGCGAGCUGGCCAUGAGGUGACAUUGCCCCAGGCGGAGGAGCACAAACGGGCGGCGGACAGGUCGGCACCCAACCAGCCGGAGGAGAUUUUUAGCGCUCCGGCCGACGACAGUGGCCUCAGCUACGACGAGUAUCCGAUGGUUGUGCCGAAAAGAGCUGCCUUACUUCUGGAUCGUUUAAUGGUGGCCCUUCAUCAUGCCCUGGAACAAGAACGAGCUGGUCACAGAAUCGGUGACUUCUAUGCGGACAAAAGUAAUCUCAACGAGAAAUUGGGAGAACCACAGAACGGACUAGUACAACAGCAGGCCGGAGAAGAUGGAAUGUAUACCGAAGAUGAUCCCAGCGUAUUUGUGGAUUAUGAUUUCAAAGACGUUAAUCAGAUCAAUCGCGCCACCGGCGAAACAUUAAUGGCAAAGAGCUUUCAGAGAAGAGCCGGUGCGGAAUUGGCCGGAGAAGAUCGAUCUGGAACGUCCAGCUUAUCCGGUGGUUCCCCAGCUGGUGCACGGCGACUCCAUCCAUCUGGAUCCGGCGGUGGUCGUAUGUACUGGCGUUGCUAUUUCAAUGCCGUCAGCUGCUUUUGAAAACCGAAAAACUGAUAAUUCGCGUCUGGAGUUGGUUUUAAACUAAUAGCAUCCCCUCAACCCAUCUCCAAUAGUAUUAGUUCCGAAACGGUUUUGUUCUUCAUUUGGUGGCUGCUGUGAGAGUUGUUCGCGCAAUUAACUGAAAUCUCCAAAAAUUCUGUUAUCUGUAGUCGUAUCUGUAUCUAGUAUCUGUAUUUGUAUUUGUGACUCUAUCUGUAGCAACUGUAUCUGUGCAUUUGUAACUCACUGUGAACUUGCGUUAUAAAUAAAACACAAACGAUAAAUCCA